GAAAGCCUGCCUGGACAGCUCUCCGCGCGCACUGGAACAACGUCAUUCCACGAAUAGAUACGGGCGAAAAGAGACAGAGAGGAGAGGUCCAUAAGAGAUGGCUACUGGCUUGACCACCACGGAUUUGAGGACCGAUCCAUCCAAAUCAUCCACCAGGACAACGACGACAGCUACCAGCACGAUAGAUAAAAUGGAUAGAGGGGAAAAGAAAGGGUUUAGAAGAUCUUUGAGAAAAUGGAGGGACCGAAUGAAGAGUCAGAAGAAAAUUGCGACAACAUCAACAUCACCAUCACUUGCCAGACACAAUGAACAGACCUCAUCGCAACAACAGCAACGGGAGGCCCCAAUCACCACCUCCCAAACCGUCAAUCCUUUCCCACCAACCACUCAGACGAUCAUCUCCUCACCUCUGGACCGACGGAGCAGCCAAGCAUCAUCACCAGCUAUCCUCCCCUCCAAACCUUUCGCAACAAGGCGCAACACGGCACCAGCCGAUUACUUUUCCUCCCAGCCCACAUCGGCCACAUCCAAGACGGCGGUCGCCCCCAUCAACUCCAUCACGACUACCAUUAGCGCCAACACGCCUGCUAAGAAAGGACUCCGAUCUCGACUGUCUGCAUCCUUCUCCUCCUCGUCCGCCACCGCCGCCGCAUCAGUAGCCCGGACCUCAAGCCCAGUCCCUCCUCCGACCUCGACGUCGACCUCUUCAAGACGUAGCAGCAUCCGGCCUCAGCCCAUCUCGCCUACGCCGUCCGCGCCCAACCCGGUAGACCAUCCCAACCGGCGGGCGACAUUCCAGUUCACGACGGCGGCCGAGAUAGCGGCGCAGACGAAGCUGGACAGCGAGAAGCUGAAGGCCGCCGCGGAGGUCAUCCGGAGGGACAAGCCCAAGGACUGGAUGGAUCCGGCCUGGAGGGACAAGGAGGACCGGGAAGUGGCGAGACUGAAGAAGGUCAUGGAGGAGGAGGGCAACGAUGUCGGGGUUGCGCCGCUGAGGGCGAGCAAGAGUGGGGAAGACGGGCCGCUGAAGAGGUGGGAAUGGGGCAGGUGACGUUUCUGCUGAGGAAUGUGUCUUUCUUAUCCUUUUCCAUUCUUUCUACUUUUUUUUUGUGUGUCCUGCGUUUCAGCGAUCUUAUCAUUUUAUAUUGCGUGCAGCGCGUGUGGAAACAUUGGAACGGAUGUUUCUAGGUGAGCAUCUGUCAGUCAGUGAGCCAGUCGGUCGGAAGACUAGUCAUUCCUUUCAUGUAUAUCUUUUUCUCUUCUCUAUUUUUGUUUUUCUCCCCAUCUACCUCUAGGGAAUAAGGCUGGGAGG